AUGAGCGGGAAUUACAAUCAUUCAGAGUACAACGACGAAAGCGUUUCGUCCUUCAUAAUGAAUAAGAUAAUGGGAGCCUAUAAAACUACAAAGGAAUCUCCUUAUGUCAGAUCCAUUUACCAGGAAACCAGUUCUGUUUUCAACAAUCAAGGAGCCACUCCUAAUUCGUUGAAUGAGUUUGUUGAUGCGUUGCCCGAAAACACACAUAUCACACUAUAUCCGAAUUAUUGCAAACAUGAUAAUGGCGAGUAUGUUACACGAGUGAAGGGAAUUGUAACGGCUACAGGAAUAGUUUCCAGGAAGAAUCGUUUUCUAUUAAGUAUGGCACGACGAAUCUCAAAGUUGAAUGAUGCAAACAGUGUGGACCAAUCUCAAUUUGAGAAUGACUUGCAAGAUGCCAUAACAAAUCAGGACAACUAUAAAUACAAAGAUGAUGAUUCUUCUAUUUCUUCCAGUAGUGUUACGCUGCCCAAUGAUACAGUCAAAACCAGGAUGGAAGGUAUAUUGGCUAAAACUAUACCCGGAACGUCACUGAAUAUAACCAUUGGAUCAGAAGAACCGGUAGAUCAACUUUCGGGUGCCAAAUUAACAACAGAUAAUUUUGGAAUCUUUGAUGUUUCUAUUGUGACACCAUAUAAGCCAAGCUAUGUAGCAGCAUCUUCAGCAAUCGAUCCCUCUAUCUUACAAACAACGACUUUGGAAAUAAUAGAGGCAAGGGGGGUCAGUGUUAUUACUGAUAUUGAUGAUACUAUUCGAUUAACGGGAGUUUUGGGGGAUAAAAGAGAAGUUUUUCGAAAUAUUUUUUCCAAACCAUAUUCAAGCUGUGAGGUUACGGGAGUUGCAGAAUGGUUUAAGGAGCUACAUGAUGUUUACAAGUGUCCCAUUCAUUAUGUUUCAAACUCUCCUUGGCAAGUUUUCAAUGUUGUUCAAGGGUUCAUGUCAUACUUUGAGUUUCCCGUUUCCUCUAUUCACUUACGUCAGUAUAGUGGGAAUCUGUUAGCAUCUUUUACUCAACCAAGUGCAGAACGUAAACGUCCUUCUCUUGUCACCUUGUUAGAAGAUUUUCCUGAACGAAAGUUUGUUUUAGUUGGUGAUACAGGUGAACAGGAUCUAGAAGCAUACUUGUCAUUAAUCCCUAGGUAUGCCCCUCAGAUAUUGGCGAUUUAUUUACGUGUGGUCCCAACAUCUCUCAGUUCUUUAGGAAAUGAUGCUAAAGUUUUAAAAGAAUUGAGGAAAAUGAUAGCUCAAAGAAAUACCAAGCGAGCUCCAACCAGGAAAUUGAAAGUGGAUAAUUUCUUGCGCAAUCCUACAGGAAUUGAUUCAGACGAUUCGGAUUACGAAUUUUCCGUUGCAUCAAAGUCUUGGGUCAACAAUACGAAAGCAGCAAAUGAGGGGCAAAAUACUGCUGGUCCAAAGCAUUCUAGGCGUAGAUCUAGCAUUGAUCUGGCCAAAAAUACCAUAAACACUGCAGUCAACAUAACGAAAGUAAAGAAGCUAGCGCCUAUUGUCCCGAGAAAACCUGUCAAAUUAAGGGGUACGAAAAUCUUAAAAAUUGACGGAGUUGUUUCGCCAAAAACUGGCCAAGCCCUUAAUCAAGCAACCGAUAUCUCCCCUAAAGAGCCUCUGAUGGCUGAUGUCGACUGUGAUGAUUAUAUGGAAUUCUCUGAUGAUGAAUUUGAUGGUGAAACCUUGGAUGCUAAUGGAAUUUUGGUGGAAGACAAGAAGUAUGGAUUAUGGAAACAAAAGGUCAGAAGAAUUAUUGAGGAGGUCCCGGAACAUAUUCAAGUAAAGUUUUGGGAGGAUGUUCAAAGUGUUCGUGAUGACAGUGAAAAAUUAAUCACUUAUGAAUUGAAGUGA